AUGUUUCGACAUUGCGUAAAGCUUCUCUUCGUUCCGUUCUAUUUUGUUCGCUUUCCGGAUUUCUUUCUGGGAGAUCAGUUCACUUCACAUUCACAAACACUGGUGGACUUGCUUCAUGUAUUGGUCAGCCUCUUUACAGGCUCCUUCUUAUACUUUCGAGAUCCGUUUGCCAGUUACUCACCCACAACGCUCUCCGUGAUUCAAAUCUCCCUUUCGAUUUUGCCUCAGUUCAUUCGAUUGGCGCAGAAUCUCCGACGAUACCAUGACAGCAAGGAACUUUAUCCAAGUAUCUACAAUGGUAUCAAGUAUCUCCUAUCGAUCAUCGCCAACAGUCUGGUUCUUUUUAAACUUCCCUAUUUCUGUGCUCAAUUCAUUUAUACCAUUUAUGCUUUGUGUUGGGAUUUACAUGAAGACUGGGGCUUGCUUCGGAUUCGGCAGGACAAGACAUUAUUGCGUGCAAAGUGUUUGAUUCCUUAUCCCGUUGCAUACUAUCUGGCGAUUGUGAACAACACGAUUUUACGGUUUGCGUGGAUUCUCAAACUUUUCAUUGUAAUCAUGAACUCUGAGAAUCAGAACAAGAUGCUGCUGGUGUUUGGAUGUAUCGAGGUGAUACGACGGAACAUUUGGAAUGUCUUUCGAAUGGAAAACGAGCAGGUGAAUAACUGUGGAAAGUUCAGGUAA